AUGAGUCGCCCCUCUUCUCUGAUUUUUCCUCUGAUUUCGAUUUUCCAGCACCAAUAUCACCGACCAUCACUCAUAUCAUCACUGGUACCAUUGAUUCUGCCGCCACCGACAGAGAUGCUUCUUUUUGGGUUCUAUUCAGCGAGGAAACUGAGAAUCCUAGACCUCAAAUUAGGUUUUUCUAUUCCUGCCACCAUCUUCUUUACAAGAUUUGAGAAACAUCAAUACGUUUCUUUCAUGGUAAAGGACGGACUGUAUAUGACAUCUCAUUUUCCAGGUUGCAGAUUUGCAGUUGUCAUUGAAAGAGCAACUGCAAGUUUUGAUGCCGCCACUGCUGUUUGGGAACAGAAUGGAAGUGACUUUGAAGUCAGCCAUCUAGAAACCCUCCACGCCGUUAUCACCACCGAUGCAACCAUGGACCAUGAGUUCAUAACGUUUUCAACGUUACUGUUCUUUAAGCCCUAUGCGCCCCUCGCUUCUGAUUGGAGAUGGAGGGUAGCGAAAACUGAACACAAUUCAGUAGAAAAUGUAUUAUUCAGGUUCUGCUAUUGGAAUUGUGUGACUUCUCAAGGAGAUAGACCUGCUCAGGCAUUGAUGCUAUGGAAGCUGCUUUACGGCAACAACUUGAAGAGUAUUUGGGCACAUUCAUUUGAGGAAUUAGAAGGUUUAAACAAAUAA